AUGAGCCACUGGCCUGGGUCCAACUGGACCAGCCCAGGGGAAUUUGUGAUCCUGGGCUUCUCUGGGUGGCCCCAGGGGCUCCGAGUGCUGCUCUUCACCCUCCUCCUGCCGCUCUAUCUGGCCACACUGGCGGGCAACCUGCUCAUCCUCGGCCUGGCCCUGGCCGACCCCGCCCUGCACACCCCUAUGUACUUCUUUCUGGGGGCGCUGUCUGCUGUCGAGGCGGCCUACACGCUGGUGCUGACGCCGCGCAUGCUCACCGGCUUCCUCCUGCCUCCCGGUGGCCAGGCUGUGGCCACCUCCACCUGCGCUGCCCAGAUGGGCCUCUUUGUGGCCCUGGGAGGCUCCGAGUGCCUGUUGCUGGCCACCAUGGCCCUGGACCGCUACCUGGCCAUCUGCUACCCGCUCUACUACCCUCAGCUUAUGACCACAGGACUGUGCUGGGGCCUUCUGGCCUCCUGCUGUGUUGGUGGCUCUGUCCUAGCCUUAAGCCUCACCACUGCCAUAUUCCAGCUGCCCUUCUGCCACGGCGGCCUAGUCAACCAUGUCUUCUGUGACCUCCCAGCCGUCUUGGUGUUGGCCUGCGGGAACCGUGCCCUGCAGGAGCACGUCCUCCUGGCAGCCUGCCUGCUGUUGCUGGUGCUGCCUCUGGUCCUGAUCCUGCUCUCCUACAGCAGGGUGCUGGUGGUCAUCCUGGGAAUCGGUGGGGCUGCAGGCCGCCACAAGGCCUUCAACACAGUGGCGUCCCAUCUCACUGUGGCUGUGCUCCACUAUGGCUGUGCCACGGCCAUGUAUGCCAGACCCUUGAGCAGCCGCUCCCUGGAGGAGGACAAGCUGGUCUCACUAAUCUACAUCAAUCUUACACCGCUGCUGUACCCGGCCAUCUACACACUGCGGAACCGGGACAUGCAGGGGGCCCUGCUACGGGUGGUCAGCCACAGGACACCAGGGAUGGUCCACCAAGCUGAGCUCACCUAA